AUGCAUCCACCAGCAUCUCCACCCACGCCUACUCCCGAGCAACAACAACCAGCACCCGCAUCAUCUUCGAAUGCAAAGCAAAUGUCAAAGGUUAUCCUUCGUACAGCGUUACAAAAGGCGAAUUCGGCUGUCAUGAGCGAUUCAUCCAACGAUGUUGUUGGGGCUAUUGACGCCUAUUCAGAAGCUAUAUCAUUAUUGAAUCGAGUGCUGUCAACGGUUGAGAAAGGAAGUGAUAGACGUCGGCUUCAAGAAAUACACGAUUCAUACUCGGAACGCAUACGGUUGUUAACGGCUAUUUCACCCAAAUCCGAAGUGGAUGAUGUAUACGAGACAUACAACAAUGACGAAGAGGACGAGGAUGAGGAUAUGGAUGAGGAAGAUGAUGCACGAUCAUGGUUAUCAAAACCUGCCAAACGCAACUUUUCUACUCGCAGUCGCAACAAUAGCACUACAACACAAAGCACCUAUACUUCAAUGAUACGACGCAUGGCAUCUUCUUCUUCAUUGGAAAGUUCAGUAUCAACACCUGAGGAUCCACGUUUACAAGCGACACCUAAACGUAGUCAUCAUCAUCCUCCCACAAGUGGUAAUGGUAAUAGCAAUACAACCAACUAUGAACGGCCUCCAUCUCCCAUUUCAUCCAAGAGCACACCAACUCGAUCCAAUCACAGAAAGAGCAAUAGCAGCAGCCAUCAUGAAGAAUCAUCAUCAUCAUCACCACCACCACCCAAACCUGUUGUUGUUGACCAUCAACGAUCACCCAGUACUUCAUCCAAUGAUUCUUUUGGUGACAAUAAUACAACAACAACGACACAGCCAACAGCCAAUGCACCUGGUGCUUCGAAUGGAUAUCAACCUGCCAUGACAUUACCACCUUUAUCAGCUACCAAAAUGGAAUCCUCGACCACAACAAUCACACCCAGUGGACCACGUACAAGUAGCUUACGCCAUCAACAAUCCAAUCCUAUCCUCACGGAUGCCAAGAAUACUGGAGUCACUGCUAUCAACACGAACACCACCACAACAACAACAUCACCUAUUUCAUUGGCAUCCAUUGGACGUAAAGGAAGCGCGGGUAGCACCACAAGCAAUGGAAGUAGUAGUAAUGGGUUCGCCUCGGUGCGUAAAUCAAAUCGGUUAUCGAGAGUGAGCAUGGAUGGGCGAGGCCGUGCUCAAUCGGCAGCUGCACCUUUGUUUGGACUUUUUAUGAAGGAUUUCAAAAAUGACAACAAUCAUCAUUCCAUGGAUUAUUUGGGAUCAUCGACAGCCCCACAAAAGAACAUUGGUGUUGCUACGACGACGACGACCACUAGUAGUACUACUGGAGCUGCUGCUGCUGCAUCAGAACAAGUCCCCAUGCGACUUGUCUUGUCAUUGGAGAAAUCGAUGGAGGAUGGAGCGUAUAUCACACCACGCUUGUAUAUACCCAAGAACAUGUGGCAUCAACCAGGUAUCCGCUUACCUCAUGUUGAAAUCAAGAUUGCUGCAUGUGAGAGUCUCAUGGCCGACCUAAGUAAACUUGAGCGGUGGAACAAGCUCGAUGAUUUGACAGGAAGUCUCAAGGUGCUUGAAGGUCUCGAGGAUGCUGUGGAAUCUCUCAAAAAUACAUUGGCCAAGAAAUUGAAACGUGAAAGUAUGAAUGGCAGCAGCAAUACAUCAACAGCAACAACAUCGAAUGGUCAGCAGAGUCCUGUGACAACCACAUCCUCCUCUUCUUCAGUCAUUUCCAUGAACAACACCAUACCUGACAAUAUCUCGGUCUCCAGUAUAUCCAGCAACACAAGCAGCAGUUACAAAAAGAGUCAAGCUUUCAUGUCGUGGGGAACCAAACUCAGCAAAUCAGUCGAGCGCAUGAAUGCAUUCAGUCUCACAAAGGGUGAGGACCAAUACCGGAAUUAUGUCGAGAUGCUGCAGCGAUUAUUUAUCAAAUUACAUAUCAUUGUGAGUUGGUGGGAUCAUUAUGUGGCCAUGAAGAAGGAUGCAAAUCGUGCUAGUUUGGUGUGCGAUGUCGUACUACAACGCCUGACAAGGAUAUGUGACGUAGUGGAUGUGGUAGUGGGCGGAUUUGUGGUCCGAGAUAUGGCUAUCCUGCUUGGUAAAUGGCUCAAACGCGGCGGCUCAUGGGUCAAUGAAUGA